ACCGUCAUUUUUUUCUACCAUCAUGGCAAGGUUGGCUCAAGCAUCUAGGCGCCCUAACACGACAACAAAAAAACCUCAUAAAAAUGUCCACUCCAAAGCAAAAUUUAAUGCUGCAGGAUAUGCUAAACGCCAGGCCCGCAAAGUGAAGGAGGCUGCCCCAUCUGAAGACGUGUACGAAUAUGUACCAGAUACUGUUCGGCGGUCGAAGGUUAAGCUCGAUUUGGACAAAGACGAGGAUUUCGGUGGAAUACCGGACGGCGAUGACGAGAGAGAGCAGCUUCGUGCGCGACUUAUUGGCGAGAAUGAGGACGACGAGAUGAUUGACAGUGAAGAUGACGAGGACAUUAACAGUGAUGCCGCAUUUGAGGAGAGUGAUGAGGACAGGUUUGCAGGGUUCUUCUCGAGAAAGAAGAAGGGUGAAGUAAAGACCAAGGCGAAGCCUUCUGUACGAUUCACGGACGUAGAUUUAAAUGAGGAUGUGGACGAGGACAUGGGCGGGGACGGGAAGGAAAAGGACGGGAGCGACGUGGAGGAAGAUGAAGAGGGUGAAGAUGACGAGUUCAUUGACGUCCUCGACAUGCUAGACGGUAGGGGCGAAACAGACAACGGUACUGACACCGAGGCGCAACUAUCUUCAUCUAAAACGGCGAUGCCAUCGACUCCUUCUCGUGCACAUGAGAAUGUGGAAGGAGGAGGUAAUGACGAAGAGGAGAAGGAAGACGAAGAAGACGAAGAAGAUCCUUUCACUCCUUCAGACGAGGACGAAGCAGCCCCGGAGGCCUUGGAGAACCUUCAAAACUUCGUUUCUACUCUGGACACCUCAUUAAAAAAGCGCAAACCUUCUGCUGAGGACCUGCCUGUCGAUGCGCCACCGCGAAAGCGUCGUAUUCUGAAGGAACGGACGGAAGCAGGUGAAGAAAACGAGUUUCGCACACAUGGAACAGGAUCCAAACUCAAUUUGGAUGACCUUUUGGCACCCCUUGCGUCGCAGCCCGACAUACUUCUUUCUUUGAAAAAAUCGGCCAAGAUCCUCAACCCCUCAUCAUCAUCCAAAAUACGUACAUUGUCAGCACCACUUCCGCAAAGAGCACAGGAACGCUUGGAUCGAGAAGCAGCCUACGAGAAGACUAAGGAAGAAGUCGAUAAGUGGAGCGCGACUAUGAAACAAAUUCAAGAGGCUGAACAUCUCAGUUUCCCCCUUCAAGCUAAACCAGAGGGACGGGUUUCAGCACUAGAGCUGGCUGCAAAAUUUCAGCCUAUCACCGCUCUCGAAAGUUCUGUCGACGCGCUUCUCAAGACCGCUAAAUUGCGCGAUGAGGACAUCCACGAGACGGAAGAGGGAAUGUUGAAGAUGAACAAUCUCUCAGUCGAAGAAGUCACUCGGCGGCGUGCCGAGCUGCGAAAGACGCGUGAAUUGAUGUUCCGUGCUGAGAUCAAAGCCAAAAGGGUAGCGAAAAUCAAAAGCAAGACCUAUCGGAAGAUAAAACGGAAAGAGAAAGAGCGUUUGGGUGAGAAAAUUAAUGAGGGAGGCAGUGAUGAAGAAGUUGCAAUGCAGAAGGAGAUGGAUCGGGCCCGGGAGAGAGCUACGUUGAGGCACAAAAAUACUGGCAAAUGGGCUAGACAGAUGAGAGGGAAGGAGAGCUGGGAUGAAGAGGGCCGGAAAGGAAUCGAAGAAAUGCUGGAUCGGGGAGAGCGGCUGCGGCGAAGAAUCGCGGGGAAAGGCAGUGACGAGAGCGACGAUGAUAGUGAUGACGAGGAGAGUGCCGAUAGUCCAGAGGAUAUCCGGCAACAUGCCUUUGAUGAGUUGGCUCGACUGGAUAAGGACGAUGGGGAACUGUCGCAGGAAAAAAGUAAAGGGAAGGGCGUAUUUGAGAUGAAGUUCAUGAAAGACGCCAUGGCGCGGCAACAGAACGAAACCAACAAAAUCGUGGACGAUUUUGUCAAGGAAUUGGGAGGUGGAGGUGAGGAGGGGCGGAGUGAUAACGAAGGAGGCAAGGACCCUUCAAGCGGUGUCGUAGUCUCCCGGACAGGUGGUCGGGUAACCUAUCGGCCUGGAGCACCGACACCUCAGCCUCCGACCAAGACCUCGAAACCUUCAACAGUUCCAUCGAUAAUGGUGGCCGAGACGGAAGUCGAGAACCCUGAGCUAACGUCGUCAGUACCAGCACCAGCUUCUGAUGCGACUAUCGAACCGUCCAAAGCCAUGGAGGAGUCUAAUCCCUGGCUUGCCGCCGGUUCAUCCAGCUCCAAAGUGUCCCGAAAGAAAAAUGAGGUCGUCGUGGACAAGAACAGCAAUCUCACUGAGAAAUCCAAGAACAAGCUCAAGAAGAAGGCCAAAAAGACCGAGAAAGAGAAAGCUAUGGUACAAGAUGAUGCUGUGGUGGAAAUCUCCGUCGAGAAUGUCUUGACGUUGGGCAAGGUUGUGGACGAUGGCGAUGAUGAUUCGGACGGCAACAGUGAAGUUGAGACACAGGAGAAGAUGCUAGAGACGAAGAACAAGAAGGGCAAGAAUGUCGUUUUUGAACAGCGGGACCUCGUGAAAAUGGCGUUUGCUGGCGAUAAUGUCGUUAAGGAAUUCGAAGAACUUAAACGUCGCGAAAUAGAGGCUGAUGCGCCAAAAGAAGUCGACACUACUCUUCCUGGCUGGGGCUCCUGGGGCGGUGCCGGAACGCGCAAAGCUCCUCCAAAGCCAUCACUCAUCAAAAAGGUCGCCGGUGUGAAUGCCGCCAAUCGUGCAGAUCGUGGUAAAGGGCACGUCAUCAUCUCAGAGAAACGCGAUAAGAAAGCGGCCAAGUACCUUGUCAAGGAUCUGCCAUAUCCGUAUACGAGCAAAGCACAGUUCGAGAGGGGUAUGGAACAACCGCUGGGUGUUGAGUGGAAUACGCGGGUUGGGUUCCAGAAGGCGACGUUGCCCAGGGUUGUUAAAAAGAUGGGCACCGUUAUAGAUCCGUUGCAGAAGAUUUUUUAGUGUAGCAAAAUGCGAAACAGAUAUGAUACAGAUGUGCCAUGCAAAGAUGAUAUAUAAUGCUUAAAAUGCAGGAAUUUCGAAGGUGUCUGAUUAGCAAGU